AAAAAAAAAAAAGGUACCACUGACCGGGACAAUAUCGUAAUUUCAUACCUGAACAGCUUUUCUAUUGGUACGAUAUUUGAAAUUUGCUGAGCCUCUUCUCUUUACACCACCACUGCAUAUCGCCACAAACCAGUUUCCAAGCCCUAACCAACAGAGAAGAACACACUCCAACAUGGAUGGACAUGAUGCGGAUGAAUCAAAGCAGAGCACUGCUGACAUGACUGCAUUUGUACAAAAUCUUCUUCAGCAGAUGCAAACAAGAUUCCAGGCAAUGUCUGACUCUAUCAUUACAAAGAUUGAUGAGAUGGGAAGCAGAAUUGAUGAGUUAGAACAAAGCAUCAAUGAUCUCAAAACUGAAAUGGGAGUGGAAGGCUCUCCUUCGCCUUCACUUCCUUCCAACUCCAAGCCAAAGACCGAAACCGGCUCUCCAAUCCCGAAGAUAGAAUCUAAGUCUGGUGAGGACUCAGCUUGAGUUGGUUGACAGCAUACUCUCUGGUUUAAACUUUCUAUUCCCUGAUUUUAUGAACCCUUUUGUUUGGCAUACGGAAAUGAGUAGUAAAUAGAAUAUCAAUUCUCAGACAAAGUUCAACAUUUGUGUUGUUUAAAAGCAUGUGUUGUCAUUUUCACUGACCAGUAUUAGCUGGAAGCUUUUAAGUAUCAAUCUUUUUCAUUAUUGGAUCGAAA